AUGGCAGACAUUGGAAUAGAAUUAGGCAACAACCUUAAACAGAAACAAAUUUUUAUUUGCUGCUCUUUGGAAUAUUGGUCAAAAGAAUACGAUUUAGAUGAAUUACCAGUCAUACAUCCACCAAAAAGGAGACGUCUUCAAAAGCUCAACAUGCAAGAAACUGCCAUACGAUCAAAUUUAGACUCUGAUAGAAUUAGGUUGGAAUUACCACUCCAUAAUUGGCUUGAACAUAAAAUCAAGUUGGGCACAGAGUCCACAAAAACCUCUAGUGAAAAUGUUCAAGAAGAAUCGGGUAAUGAAACUACAUGUACAAAGAAAAAAUCUGAAAAACAUUCCAAGAAGGUCAAGCCAGUGUCUCCAGAUACUAAACUGAAGGAUACCAAAGACCUUAAAGAUUCAGAGACAAGUAAAUUACUGUGUAAGGAGUCAGAUGUUUUGCCAGAUAACGCUGCAAAUGCAGUGACACCUUCUCACGAAACAAGUUCAACAGAGAAGUCUGAUGUUUGGAGAAAGCAACUGGCAUUAUCAAGAUCUAAGUCACAAAGCAAACAAAAUGUUUCAAAUUGUACAGACAAAGAAAAUGAUUUUGACAAUAAGCAAGAGGUAGAAGAUAUACAAGAAAAUAACGUAGAGGUACAAGAGCUUGUCUUGUCUUCAACUCCUUUAGUAAGUCCAAAGACUUUAAAACCAGCCCAGGAUGUUAAUACUAACUUUAAGAAAAGUCCUGUUGGUGAUGACAUUUUACAAAGUGAUGACUUGAGUUUACAUAAUCUGGAUAAAGUGGAAAAUUCUGCUGAUGGACAACUGGUAGCUGAUGAAACUCCAACAUCCCAAAAGAAAUCAGACCAAAAUGUACCGGUACCUAGUUUGCAGAAUAUAGAAGAUACAGAUAUCAAGCAGGGAAAUGUCAAUUCUGAACUGGAGAUGGAUAAAUCAACAGAAAACGCAAUUGAAGAAGAGAGGAGUAAUCCUGAUUUUGAUAACCAUGCACACAAUCUCACUACUAAUGUCUCCGAUGUCAAUCAACCAUUGGAUUUAUGUCUGAAAGUUUCUCAAGAUACUCCAGUUAAACCAGUUUCUCAGAAACCGCAGCCAAAAGUUCAAUUGGUUCAUCCUCAAGUUAUAUCAUCAACAGCAAAGAAAAAAGAGGAACAUACCAACCUUUUGCAAACCACAAAAAUGGCUAUACAAUCCAUAACAUCCUCAAGAACGCCAUUUCAAAAUGACCAUAAUACCUCAGAUGAGGCAUCAAAUGUUAUGAAUCAGGAAAGCCAGGUCAAUGUCAGUCCACAAGUUGAAGUGUGUGAUUUUUCAAUGAAGACAAAAUCUAACAUCAAUAGCUCCUCUCAAAUACAUCAGGAAAGUCACCAAUCCAACACUAUUAUAUGUUUACCAGCAACUUCAGAUCAUGAAAUGACUCCUGGUGGAAACACACCUCCUGCUUCUAGCAAAAAAUUGCCUGACGAUCUUGAAUUCCAACAUCACAUAGAAGAAUUGAGACAUCUUGAACGUCUUGCCAGAAAGAAGGAGCAGGAACAUGCUCAAGUACUUGCAUUAAGUAGAAAGAAAGUUGAGACUAUUAUGAAACUAAAAUUACAGAAAAAGAGAGCUGCAGCAUUGAACUUAUCCACUUUGACAUUUGAUAAAGAACAUGAAGUGCAGCUUGAUGUGUCUGCUAGUAACUCUAGUCCUGGAUCCUCUUCAUCAGAAUAUUUAGCCACAAAUGCUGUAACAGGGAAAGAAAACCCCGGUCAAGUGGUUGGUCAUUCUUGUGCUGAAGCUGAGAAAGGAGAAAACACUGAUACCUCAAAUGAUUCACAUUGCAAAAUAAAUGUUGGAUCAAACGAACACACAUCGAAAGAUAACAAAUCUGAAGACAUGAGGACAAUGACUGGAAGAAUUACUGAAGCUCUACAGCAGGCAGUUCAGAAUAAGACAAUAAAGAAUCCAAAUUCUGAAAAUGACAAACAAAUUACCCCACAGCCAGCACAUCAAAGAGUGAAAAGUACACUUCCACAUGAUGAACCUUGUAAACUUCCCAAUGACGCUAGUUCUUUGUGUCCAUUUCGACUGCGCUCUGAUUCUCUUACAGAUCCUUCUAUUAAUCCAACAAAGAAAUCAAUGGAUAAACCGAUACAAGAAGCUCAUAAUCAACCAGCAUUCCAACCAGCAGGAAGUUUGAUUGUUCCCAAUAUACCCAUUUCUCAGAAAGAAAGUUUAGGUUAUAACUAUUCGGGAGUGAAUGAAAGUAAUAAAUCGAGAACAUUAGAGUAUAAACGUACCCAGUCAUACAACAAAGAAGAUGAACUAAAUAAACAAAAAAAUGAAGUGAUAGACUUAACUAUCGAAACUUCCAGUGUGCUGAAUGAUCCACCUCCUUUAAAGAGAAUAAAAAGGGAUGAAAUAAUGGAGAUGCCACCUUUACACAGCAAAGGUCCUUUGAUCAACCAUAAUUUACUGUAUGAUGAAUCUACAUCAAGACAAAUUUUAAGAUCACCCAAUCAACGAGUAACAGCAACUAGCAAUAGUCAAGAAGUAAUCCAACCUGUACCUCGAUACCAAAUCAAGGCAUCUUCAUAUAGUCAUUCCCCUCCAGUUUAUCAACAGAACUUGGUUCCAUCAACAGCAUCGUCAACUCCCCCAGUACAAAAUAGACUACAUUAUGACAGAAGCUCUCCAUAUUCUAGAGGUGCCUCUCCCCAAGCAUUAUAUCCCAUGAGACCAGGCCUGCCUAAUCCAAUGAUGAGGCUUCCAAAUGUUCCAACAUUUAGUCCUCAAAUUCGACCAGAACAACAGAUGCAGAAGCAAAUACAUCAUGCACCCUUUCCACCUGUGCCUCAGAAUAAUCCAUAUGGACAUCUGGAACCUGGUGAAAUAAUAACCAACAGAUUUCCGCGAGGUUGGCAUCAUCCUAGUCAGAUAAACGCAGCACCAAACCAACACAUGCCAGAAGUUGCGGAAAGAAGGAUGUUCCCAGGACAGCAUUCUUUAUCACCUCAUGUUCUCAAACAAAUAAUGACUCAACAAUUUCUUCAACAGCCCAUGCAAAGAAUUCCAGCUGAACAGUCUCAUCAUCCCAGUGGACAAUCAGGUCCAUAUCGAGCACCUAUAUAUAAUGCUUCACAAAAGGUGUUUUCUCCUCAUGGCAUGGCUCAGCCAUUGCACGAACCAAUGAAAAGAUCAAAUGACAUUCAGCAGCAAUAUUCAGGAAGUCAAACCAGACCAGUUACAUCAAUCAUUGAGAACAAUAGAGCUUGUUGUGUAUGUAAUAAAGUAUCUUGCUUUAUUUGUUCUGGAUGUAGAAAAGUCUGGUAUUGUAGUUACCAAUGUCAGGUAGAUCUUGAAAACAAUAUUUAUGAUUCACAGGAUCAGAAAUUAAAAGUUUUCAACUUCUUGAAUCUGAACAAUCUGCUUCUUACUCUAGAUUUUGUAUAUCCUUGCCUGUCCUUUGCAGUAGAAUAGCUCUUCCCUACUGAACAAUGCUUAUAAGAAAUUAUGAACAUGCCAUAGCUAGGAGAUGAGAGGAUAUGGUCAUUUCUGUGACAGUCUUCAGAAUACAAGCUAGAUUCCCUACUAUUCAACAUAAACUCAGUAUGGAAUUUGAGAUUGUCAUUGGAAUUUUUGAUUAAAUCAUAUAUUCACCACUGAACUCACUGUUUAGAUGAUGUUGAUCGAUAACUUAUCAGUAUAUAUGUCCAACAUCGAACUGAUCAGCUUUUAAUUUAUGUCGGUAAAUAAACAUGGCCAUAAUCAAACUCACUUAAAUCAGAUUAUAAAUCCACCACAGAAUUGCUCAGCUCAUAUAUCAAUCCAUGAAUUCACUGAUUAUAUCAACCAUUGAACCUACUGAUCAGAAUGCAAGUUCACCAUAGAACUUACUAAUCAGAAUAUAUAUCAAUCCUUGAACUUACUGAUCAGAUUAUAUUAAUCCAUGAAUUCACUGAUUAUAUAUCAACCAUUGAACCUACUGAUCAGAAUGCAAGUU